AUGGUUAGUAAUAAUUUUAUAGGGAAUUCAAUCAAUGGUCCUAUUCAAGACUCUUCUUCUUACACAGAAACUUCAUCAACUAAGACUACUUUAGCUAAUUUAGAAUUAAAUUCACCAAAAUUGCAUACAGUUGAUUCAGUGGCUAGCUCUCUAAGUAGUGAGUCAUAUCUUACUGAUACUGAACCUGCAGAGACAUAUAUCAUAGGAUCUGCUAAUAAAGGCAUAGAGAAAAAUCAUGGUGAUAUAACAAGAGAAACUACAAGAGAAUAUGAUAAUGAUUCAUCCUCAGAUUUAAAAGAAAAUAGUGAUACUGAUAGCAAAACUGAAAAAGAGUCAAAAUAUUUUUAUGACGAUGCAGACGAUGAUGAUUAUCCUGAAGGCGGCCUUAAAGCUUGGACAGUUGUUUUUGGUUGUUUUUUAGGCUUAAUUGCUUGUUUUGGUCUACUUAACACUACAGGUGUUAUUGAAAACUAUUUGCAAAACCAUCAAUUGAUUGAUGAAAAUUCAUCCUCCAUUGGUUGGGUCUUUUCUUUAUUUUUAUUCAUCACAUUUGCAUCUUGUAUUUUUAGUGGUACAUAUUUUGACAGAAACGGGUUUAGAGACCCUAUGAUUUUGGGAUCUAUACUUUUAGUUGGUGGUCUUUUUGCUACUGCAAAUUCUACUAAACUAUGGCAUUUCAUCCUGUCUUUCUCUAUAGUUGCAGGUUUUGGGAAUGGAGUAGUUCUUUCUCCUUUGGUUAGUUGUCCUGCCCAUUAUUUCAAAAGAAAAAGAGGUACUGCUAGUGCAUUAGCCACCGUGGGUGGUUCUGUCGGUGGUGGCCUUUUCCCACUUCUAUUAAGAAAAUUGUUUUCUUUAGAAUCUAAAAAAGAUCCAUACUAUGGGUUUGUGUGGGGGAUCCGUACCCUAGCAUUUAUAUUCCUUGUUUUGUUGGCUCUCUCUCUAUGUCUAGUCAAAGAAAGACUGCCACACGUUGAGGUCGAUCGUUCCACCACCAAACCUCGUUGGAAAUACAUAAUAAGGGUCUAUGUGAUUGAAAGUUUCGAUGCAAAGGCUUUCUGUGAUUUAAGAUAUGCGUUUUGUGUCAUAGGAACAUGCUUUGGUGAAUUAUCACUUUGUUCAGUUAUCACAUAUUAUGGUGCCUACGCAGUUAGUAAAGGUAUUAGCCAAGCUGACUCAUAUAUGCUGAUUAUGGUUAUUAACUUAACAGGUAUUCCAGGAAGAUGGGUUCCAGGAGCACUAAGUGACUCAUUUGGUAGAUUCAAUGUUGCAAUUGGUACUCUAGUAGGUCUAGGUAUUAUUAUGUUAGUCGGAUGGUUACCAUUUUGCAAUGAUUUGAAUAGUUUGUAUGUGAUUAGUGCUCUAUAUGGGUUCUUUUCCGGCAGCAUCUUUUCAUUAUUACCGGUCUGUUGUGGACAAAUUUCCAGAACUGAAGAUUUCGGGAAACGUUAUUCUACAAUGUAUUUCUGCGUCUCAUUUGUAACUUUAGUUGGUGUGCCCAUUACUGGGGCUAUCAUUGGUAAUAAAACAGAUGCUAAUUACCAACAUUAUAAAAUAUUUUGUGCUGUUACAACACUAUUUAGUGCAUUUUGUUUUUUUAUUUCAAGGUACUUUGCUGUUGGUUUAAGAUGGAAGAAAUUUUAA